AUGAACGUCGCACUCUCGGCCCGGCCCAGCGCCGUGCCCGCCGCGAGGGGCCGUGGCCGUUGCACCCGGGCCCAGGCUGCCCGCGGGCCCGGCAACGUGAACGCCGCCACGCUGAGCGCGUCCGAGCAGAAGCAGAGGAUUAUUGCUGACGAAAACAAGUACAUUCUCCAGACCUACGGCCGGCCAACGGACAUCGUGGUGUCUCACGGCAAGGGCUGCACGCUGUGGGACGUCGACGGCAAGGAAUACCUCGACUUCUACUCGGGAAUCGCGGUGAACGCCCUCGGGCACUCGCACCCGCGCUGGGUGAAGGCCGUGAAGGAGCAGGCGGACCUCUGCUGCCACGUCUCCAACCUCUUCCACACGGAGCCGCAGACGGUGCUCGCGAAGGCCAUGGUCGAGAAGUCCUUCGCGGACCGCGUGUUCUUCUGCAACUCGGGCACCGAGGCGAACGAGGCCGCGAUCAAGUUUGCGCGCAAGUACGCCCGCGUCACGCGCGGGAUCGACGCCUACGACGCCGAGGCCUCCCGGAACGGCCCGAGCCACAUGGUCGCCUUCACGAACUCCUUCCACGGCCGCACGCUCGGCGCCCUCAGCCUCACCUCCAAGGUCCAGUACAGGACCCCGUUUGAGCCCGUGGUGGGGCCGGUGUCUUUCGCCAAGUAUCUCGACCUCGAGUCGGCCCGGCAGGCGGUGCGGCCGGGCGAGACGUGCGCGAUCUUCGUCGAGCCGGUCCAGGGCGAGGGCGGCGUGCACCCGGCGACCGCGGAGUUCCUCCAGGGCCUCCGCGACCUUGCGGACGAGAUUGGCGCGUGCCUUGUGUUUGAUGAGGUGCAGUGCGGCGUGGGGCGCACGGGCAAGCUGUGGGGCCACGAGAACUUCGGCGUGACGCCGCACAUCAUGUCGGUGGCGAAGCCGCUCGCCGGCGGGCUCCCGGUGGGGGCUGUGUUGAUGACGCAGGCCGUGGCGGACUGCAUGUCCCCGGGGGACCACGGCACGACGUUCGCGGGGUCGCCCUUCGUGUCGCACGUCGCGGCGGAGGUGUUCGACGAGGUGUCGCAGCCGGCGUUCCUCGCCACCGUCGGCGAGCGCGGCCAGCAGCUCAUGGGCGAGCUGCGCAACCUCACGGCCGGCAACGCGCACGUCAAGGAGGUCCGCGGGUCCGGGUUGCUCAUCGGCGUGCAGCUCGACCAGGCCGCCGGGCCCGUCGUGCUCCGGGCGCGCGAGAAGGGCCUGCUGGCGAUCACCGCCGGCGCGGGUGACGUCGUGCGGCUGGUGCCGCCGCUCAUCUUGAGCGAGGCCGAGGCGUCGCGCGGCGCGGCGAUCCUGGCUGAGGCGAUCGAGGAGGUGUGCAAGUGA